AUGGAUCGUCCCUGUGGUAGCCAGACUCGCUUCAGCCUCGGCCUUGCAUUCAUUCUUGCUCUCGUUGUUGGCUCGCUAGGCUCUAGCCUUGCAACGUUCUCAGACGACAAAUGCUUGAAUUCUCUGGAGGGCAUCGAUGGACCGAACGGAUACCCUAAUGGCACCUGCACACCACUGGAUAUAAAAGGUCCUGCUUGGAAAAGCUUCCAGAUCGUGGGCCUCGAUCAUGGAUGUACACCCACCAUCUAUGGGAAGGACGAGGACCCUACCAGUCCAUGCUCGUCCAAGACUCUUGAGUUCGCACACAUCGCUACCUGCUACAACAGAACGUGGGUAUACUACAGCAUCGACUUUUGUGACGUACCUAACGGGACACCUUCGCCUCUGGCUUCUGCGGUACCGCAAUCGUCACCCGGUAAUCAUACCGGAGCUAUAGCAGGUGGCAUAGUAGGCGGUGUCUGUGGCAUAGCCCUGGUGGUUGGACUGGUCUUUUGGUACGUCCGAAGGAACCGGGAUGGCCAGCGUGCCGGGCACAGAGACUUGCCAUCUACGCCUCCUCUAGAACUUCCAUCGCUCCACGCCAAACAAGAGAUACACUCCAAUCAAGCAUACCCACCUCAGGAGAUAGGCAGGUCUAGCGUUUUGAUUGGUCUCCAAAAGCCGGUGCUCAGUGAGCAGUUGGAUCGAAUUGCGUCGAUAGCAAAUAAAGUCUGA